AUGGCGUCAGACGGGAUGAUUUUAACAAACCACGACCACCAAAUUCGGGUCGGCGUCCUGACAGUGAGUGAUAGCUGCUUUCGAAAUCUUGCUGAGGACCGCAGUGGAAUCAACCUCAAAGACCUCGUGCACGACCCUUCCCUGCUGGGGGGAACGAUUUCGGCCUAUAAAAUCGUCCCAGACGAAAUCGAUGAGAUUAAGGAGACGCUGGUGGACUGGUGUGAUGAGAAAGAGCUCAAUCUCAUCUUGACCACCGGAGGCACCGGCUUCGCUCCUCGCGAUGUCACACCUGAGGCCACUAAGGAGGUGAUAGAGCGGGAGGCUCCAGGGAUGUCCUUGGCCAUGUUGAUGGGUUCUCUCAACGUCACACCGCUGGGCAUGCUUUCAAGACCGGUGUGUGGCAUUCGCGGCAAAACACUCAUCAUUAACCUGCCAGGCAGCAAGAAGGGCUCACAGGAAUGUUUUCAGUUCAUCCUGCCUGCUUUGCCCCAUGCCAUCGACUUGUUACGCGAGGCCAUCGUCAAGGUGAAGGAGGUGGCCAACGAACUGGAGGACCUGCCUUCGCCGCCACCUCCUCUCUCCCCGCCCCCAGCCAGCAGCCCCCACCGUCAGACAGAGGACAAGGGCGUACAGUGUGAGGAGGAAGAGGAGGAGAAGAAGGACAGUGGCGUCGCCUCCACCGAGGACAGCUCCUCCUCCCAUAUCACUGCCGCCUCCAUCGCUGCCAAGAUUCCAGACUCCAUUAUCUCACGGGGCGUACAGGUCCUGCCACGGGACACGGCUUCCCUAAGUACCACGCCCUCUGAGUCACCACGCGCCCAGGCCACCUCUCGCCUCUCCACCGCCUCCUGCCCCACACCUAAAGUGCAGUCACGGUGCAGCAGCAAAGAAAAUAUCCUCAGAGCAAGUCACAGCGCGGUGGACAUCACUAAAGUGGCGCGAAGACAUCGCAUGUCCCCUUUCCCCCUCACCUCCAUGGACAAGGCCUUCAUCACUGUGCUGGAGAUGACCCCAGUCCUGGGCACUGAGAUAAUCAAUUAUAGAGACGGAAUGGGUCGAGUUCUGGCUCAGGACGUGUAUGCCAAAGACAACCUGCCUCCCUUCCCUGCCUCUGUUAAGGACGGUUAUGCUGUAAGAGCGGCCGACGGACCCGGGGACCGCUUUAUAAUCGGGGAGUCACAGGCUGGAGAACAGCCUACGCACACAGUAAUGCCCGGCCAGGUGAUGAGGGUGACAACGGGCGCGCCCAUCCCCUGUGGCGCCGACGCCGUCGUGCAGGUGGAGGACACCGAACUGCUCCGUGAAUCUGAAGAUGGUACAGAAGAACUGGAGGUUCGUAUCCUGGUGCAAGCACGCCCAGGACAGGAUAUCAGGCCUAUUGGUCAUGACAUUAAACGUGGGGAGUGUGUGUUGGCCAAAGGCACACACAUGGGCCCGUCUGAAAUAGGCCUGCUGGCUACAGUGGGUGUCACUGAGGUGGAGGUGCAAAAAUUCCCUGUGGUGGCUGUCAUGUCUACAGGCAAUGAGUUACUCAACCCAGAAGAUGACCUGCACCCUGGGAAGAUCCGAGACUCCAACCGUUCCACGCUGCUCGCCACCAUCCAGGAACACGGCUACCCCACCAUCAACCUGGGUAUAGUCGGGGACAAUCCCGACGACCUUCUAAACGCACUGAAUGAGGGCAUUAGCCGUGCCGACGUCAUCAUCACUUCAGGAGGUGUGUCCAUGGGGGAGAAGGACUACCUAAAGCAGGUGCUUGAUAUUGAUCUCCAUGCUCAGAUCCACUUUGGUCGUGUCUUCAUGAAACCAGGUCUCCCCACGACAUUUGCCACCUUGGACAUGGAUGGUGCUCGCAAACUUAUUUUCGCUCUGCCAGGGAACCCUGUGUCUGCGGUGGUCACGUGUAAUCUCUUUGUCAUCCCAGCCUUGAGGAAGAUGCAGGGGAUCCUGGACCCCCGGCCCACCAUCAUCAAAGCCAGGUUGUCCUGUGAUGUAAAGCUAGACCCACGCCCAGAGUACCACCGUUGUAUUUUAACAUGGCAUCACCAGGAGCCACUGCCAUGGGCACAGAGCACAGGGAACCAGGUGAGCAGCAGGCUAAUGAGCAUGCGCAGUGCCAAUGGGCUCCUGAUGCUACCUCCCAAAACAGAGCAAUACGUGGAGCUGCACAAGGGUGAGGUGGUUGACGUCAUGGUGAUUGGACGGCUAUGA